GUGUUUUCAGGCGGAAGUGUGCUCUAGGUUUACUUAGGAUGGACGCGUUUGUUUGAUGGUCACGCGCUGCAGAAUUGUUGUCCGCGCGAGCGUCAUUCCCGAUGAAAAGGAGUGCGGAUUGAAGAGGCGCGCGGAGAGAGCUUUUGUUAUGUGAACAUGGCCAGCUGAAAGCUCUGGAUCUAGUGGAAACGAAAGGUUGGAAUGGUUGCCUUAUACCUCUCGCCAAAGUGUUACUGUAACUGGACUGAAGGAAGUUAAAGGGGCUUUUCAGCUUCACCACAGUAACAGAAUAUUGAGGGGCGCUGCGUGCUAACGAGCUACAUGGGACAUACUUUGAAUUAUUUAAUUGCGGCUCGCGCAAGCGCGUUUUGAGAAUAAUGAUGCGCAGAUGGUAGACUAAAGCGCGUUCAUGGAAAACGGACACAUUUGCGUUUGGGAAGGUAAAAACUGACACUGUAUCGAGCGCAUUUGGCCCCUCUCGUCAUGCGGCGGUGGGGGAGGAUCGGAGCAGGGACCUUGCAGCGGAUUUCAUGUUUCGCAACAAUGUUAAUGCCCCAUACCGAGGGAUUAUAAGGCCUCAAAAUGACACUUGGUUUACUAAUGUGCACUCGAGAAGUUGCGUAUAGAGUUUGUCCUGCGAAUUUCUAUCGAUAAUAACCAAAGCUGAAAGCCCAAUUCAGUCGAAAGUCAUUAAACGGGACUGUAUAUAUCAAGUAUCAAUUGAAUAGCAUCCAGCACAGCAUGCCAAGUCUAUGAUCUGUAUUGCUUGCUUGAGUUGGACAGGGUAUCAUUUCGGAAGCUUUUGUGUAUCUUAACGCGUCUUUAUGUGUGAAGUUAUUUUGUGGUCCUCUGCGCAAAUGGCGUCUUUCCCAGACUCCGACCUGCAAACAUGUCCGCUGUGCAAGGAGCUGUGCGGCUUCUCUGCUCCGAUCUCCUCCAAUUCAUCUACCUCCUCCUCGUCCUCCCAGACCUCCAGCUCCUCAUCUACCUCAUCCACCAGGAGACUGCACGUCCUGCCCUGUCUCCACGCCUUCUGCAGGCAAUGCCUAGAGGGCCACAGGAGCCCAGGUGAUCCGCUGAAGCUCAGAUGCCCCACAUGCGACCAAAAAGUGUCUCUGUCGGAAUCCGGCGUGGACGCAUUGCCUUCCUCCAACUUUCUCUUCAGUGACCUGCUGGAUGUGGUGGUCUCUGCUGAGGAACAGGGCAAGAACGGCCGGUCUUCAUCGGUGGUCCAUCACGGCGGUCUUCUGAGACCCCAGCAUCUGUCAGACCCUCAGUGCAGCUCUUGUGAUGAGGGCAACCCCGCUGCUUCCCACUGCCUGGACUGCCAGGAGUAUCUGUGUGAUAACUGCGUCAGGGCUCACCAGAGGGUCCGACUCACCAAAGACCACUUCAUCGAGGGGCUUCUGGAGAGCUUACACCUGGCCAACCGCACCAACAACUCCAACACCCCCAUCAACAUCUCCCAGUCCUUCCACAACAGCUUCUCCAUGCUGAAUGUUUUCCAGGAGAGGAUGGACUUCUGCCAGCACCAUGAUGAUGAGGUGCUGCGGUUUUUCUGUGACAGCUGUGGUGUGCCAAUCUGUAGAGAGUGCAGCCUGGGCAGACAUGCAGGUCACAGUUUCACUUACCUGCAGGAAGCCCUGCAGGACUCCAGAGCGCUGACCAUCCAGCUGCUCGCAGACGCACAGCAGGGCAGACAGGCUGUACAGCUGAGCAUCGAGAAAGCCCAGGCCAUUGCUGAACAAGUGGAACUGAAGGCUAAGGUUGUGCAGUCAGAAGUGAAAUCCAUCACUCUUCGUCACAAGAAAGCUCUGGAGGAACGUGAGUGUGAGCUGCUCUGGAAGGUGGAGAAGAUUCGCCAGGUGAAGGCAAAAUCACUUUACCUGCAGGUUGAGAAACUACACCAGAGUCUCACCAAGCUGGAUAGUACUAUCGCCACAGUGACACAGGUUCUAGAAGAGGGUCGUAGCAUAGAUGUCCUGCUAGCACGAGAGCACAUGUUAAAUCAGCUACAGGAGCUUAAAUCCAUCCGCUGCAUCCUACAGCCCCAAGAAGACGAUCGCAUUAUGUUUACACCACCAGACCAGGCUCUUCUGAUUGCCAUCAAGUCCCUGGGCCUCAUCAGCAGUGGAGCCUUCGCCACAGCUUCCAAAGCGCACGGUGAAGGCCUCAAGAGAGCACUGCAGGGAAAGCCAGCUUCCUUUACUGUCGUAGGGUAUGAUCAUGACGGUGAGCCUCGGUUGUCUGGUGCUGACAGUGUGUCGGUUGUGCUUAUGAGUCCGGAUGGUAAUCUGUCUAGCGCAGAUGUUUCUGACCACCAAGAUGGAACGUACACAGUCAGCUAUCUGCCCAAGUGCGAGGGUGAGCAUCUGCUAUCGGUGCUUAUAUGCAAUCAGCACAUCGAGGGAAGUCCUUUCAAAGUGAUGGUCAAAUCUGGUCGCAGUUACGGCGGAGUAGGCCUGCCCAUUGUAUCUUUCGGAGGAGAGGGUGAUGGGGACGGGCAGCUGUGUCGGCCUUGGGGAAUCUGUGUGGAUAAGGAGGGCUACGUGGUGGUCGCUGACCGAAGCAACAACCGCGUGCAGAUCUUCAAGCCUUGUGGCACUUUCCACCACAAGUUUGGCACCUUGGGCUCUCGACCGGGCCAGUUUGACCGCCCUGCUGGAGUCGCCUGUGACAGCCAAAGGAGAAUCAUUGUGGCAGAUAAGGACAAUCAUCGCAUCCAGAUCUUUACCUUUGAUGGCCAGUUUCUUCUCAAAUUUGGUGAGAAGGGAACAAAAAAUGGGCAAUUCAACUACCCAUGGGAUGUGGCCAUCAACUCUGAAGGAAAGAUCCUGGUUUCAGAUACACGCAACCACCGCGUGCAGCUCUUUGGACCUGAUGGGACUUUCCUUAACAAAUAUGGAUUCGAAGGUGCCCUCUGGAAACAUUUUGACUCUCCUCGCGGCGUGGCCUUCAAUCGGGAAGGCCACCUUGUUGUGACCGACUUCAACAAUCAUCGGCUGCUUGUCAUCAGGCCCGACUGCCAGUCAGCACGCUUCCUCGGGUCUGAAGGAACCGGAAAUGGCCAGUUCUUGCGGCCUCAAGGUGUAGCGGUGGACCAGGAGGAUCGUAUUAUCGUGGCUGAUUCCCGCAACCAUCGCAUUCAGGUGUUCGAACCCAACGGCAACUUUUUAUGCAAGUUUGGGACACACGGUAAUGGCUUCGGGCAAAUGGAUCGCCCCUCGGGUAUAGCGGUUACCCCAGAUGGAAUGAUUGUGGCUGUGGACUUUGGAAACAACCGAAUCCUCAUGUUCUGACCUUUUAAGGUUUGAAAUACAAAACUGUAGCGCUGGACAAAUGGAAAAGGAGAUUUUGCACAUCUAUCAGGAGCAAAUGCAGUUUUAUUUGGCAAAAUGACAGUUGUAAGGACUUCAUAGUUUUGUAUGUUUCUCAGUGAUUGUGUAACACCAAAUGCUUGCCGUUACAGAACACAGUUUUGACUGCUAAAGGCUGAACGCAUUUUGCUUUUGUUAUGUGUCAUCAAAUCUUUUUUUUUCCAUUUUCUUUUUUUUUUCUCAGGGAAUUUCUUGCAUUCUUGAAAUAUUUUCUCUCUGCAUUACACCUACCUCAUCUAGCUUAUGUAUGAAUGUAUUCACAUUUGUGCAGGGAUUAAUCCGUGAAGUUUUAUAAAGAAGCGUCUACCUCAGUGUUUUUUUUUUUGUUUUUGUUUUUUCCGUAGAAUGUGAGGACAAAAAAAAAAAAAAAGCAAUUUUUGGGUAUUUGCACAGUCCGCACAAUUUUUUCCUGAUCGUUACUGUGCACCGAACGCAAGUUAUGUCCCUGAAUGUUUCUCAUAACGAUUGAUAAAAACAAAGCUGCAUGUUUUGGCGGAAACA